AUGGUUCUAAAACAAGAUCCAAAAGCAGUGCAGAAAUUAAAUGAAAUACUCUGGAAAAUCACGGAUCCCGUUAACAGUGAAUAUCAGAACUGGCUGACGCGUUCAGAAAUCAACAGAAUUCUUACACUCGAUUAUCAAGUUUUGACUGCAGUUAAAUACUGGCUUUGGAAGCAAUCAUUCAAAUCCGUAAGAUUAAUUGGAACUGAUGUAUUUGAGAUUGUGACAACAAUUCGACAUGUACAAAAAUUAUUUUCAGGUCAAUUUCGUACGUAUAAAAAUUCAAGGACAGGAAAAACUAUCCAUCGAACUCAUGACGACGUUUGCUGGGCGAAUGAAAUUAGUCAUCUUAUUGAUUUUUUCCUUGGAUUGAAUGAUGACACAUUGACCAACAGUAAACCUACCGGUUCAUCUAAAAAACGUAUACUCAUUCCAAAUGAUGGAAAUGCUAGGGAUGCAGCAACUACUCAAAUUAUCCCUAUGAUUGUUCCUCCAUCUGUUAGGUUGUGUUACAAGAUUCCAGAUGUCUUGAAAACUGGUUUAGAGUCAAAUGUUUCGCAAGGAGCACUAGAGUUUGAAGGUCAAAACUAUAGUGAAGAAGAUUUACAGAUAUUUUGUGAAUUCUUAGGCAUACCGUUCAAACCAAUCCAUACUGAGGGUAUUAACGAUCAAUCGAAUCCAGGCAUCGAGACAAUGUUAGAUAUUGAACAAAUGAUGGCAAUAAAUCCUUUGUCUAAAAUUUGGUAUUUCAAUGAUGACGUGAAGAACAUAAUUAGUGAUGGUAUACUGAUAAAGAUGCUUACACUAACUGAAUCAGAUAAGCUGCCACAAAUUCUGUCCAUUUCGUACGGUAUCUAUGAAUUAAAUCUGUGUGUACCAGGUAUCCCCUGUGAUCAAAACGUGGUGGAUCCGAAACAUAGAUAUUUUAUUCGUACAAAUAUUGAAUUUAUAAAAUUAGCAUUGAGAGGCAUUACAGUUUUAGCCUCAAGUGGUGAUGAUGGAGCAAAUGAUUAUUUUUCAAAUUGUACAAAUAAAGUAUUUAAUCCCACAUAUCCAGCCUCUUCACCUUUCGUAACAUCAGUUGGUGCAACUACAUUAGUUAAUGUACAGUACAACGCUUUGCAAGAUCAACCACUAGCUUGUAGUGCGUUCAAUCCACCACUCGUGUGUGCAUAUUGUGGAGAUGAAAUCGCUGUUAGUGUUAAUGAUCCUUUUUUUACUGAUUUUACUAGUGGUGGUGGAUUCUCAAACUUUGCUCCUCAACCACCUUAUCAAAAACAUGCUGUUGAUCGUUAUUUUCUAAAUGAGCAAUAUUACCUUAAUGAAAUACCAGAGAUGUACCCUCCAUCAUCAAUGUACAAUCGAAAGGGACGGGCUUAUCCAGAUGUUGCUGCACUUGGUGUAAAUGCUUUUACUGUAGCAAAUGAUUCUCUUUACUUAGUUGGUGGUACAAGCAUGUCAUCACCAUUGUGGGCUGGUAUUGUCUCAAUUCUCAAUGCUCGUUCAAUAAAAAUAACAGGUAAAACAUUAGGCUUUCUCAAUCCAUUACUCUACAAGAUGGCUAAAGAAUGUCCAGAAUGCUUCAAUGAUAUAACAGUUGGAAAUAACAAAUGUACUUCAACCAUUUGCACAGAUCAAUGUAAAGGUUUUCAAGCUGCAUGUGGUUGGGAUCCAGUAACAGGGCUUGGUACUCCAAACGUUGAAAAUAUUUUGAAGUAUAUAACAGAAUUAUGUGAAAAGAAGAUGAAGAAAACAGAAUACAACUAA